AUGACCGUCCCCGAGAACACCCACGCACCCACGCACUACGGCGACUGGCGCGACGACUUCUACCGCCAGGGCUACGUGGUCCUGAAGGGGGUCAUCCCGCGCGAGAAAGCGGCAUACUACCGGCAAAAGGAACUGGACUGGCUGCAAUCCUUCAACCUGGGACUGGACCUGAACGACCCGACGACCUGGACCGCGGAGCACCUCCCGCAGAGCUUCAAGGCGGGGAUGUACCUGAACUACUGCGCGGCGCACGAGCGCUACGUGUGGGAGGCCCGCCAGGAGCCCGCCAUCCUGGACGCGUUCGCCCAGAUCUGGGGCACGGAGGAGCUGCUGGUCUCGUUCGACACGAUCAACGUGACCUUCCCCGGCCGGACGGACGUGACCUGGGCGCCGUGGCCGCACGUGGACCAGGCGCCCGAGCGGCCGGGGCUGUCGUGCGUGCAGGGAUUCCUCAACCUGAGCGAGGCGGGGCCCAAGGACGGCGGCCUGCUGCUGAUGGAGGGGUCGUCGGCGCACUUCGACGAGUUCUUCGCGCUGAACCCGCCCGACCGCUCGCAGGGCAUCGGCGCCAAGCACUACGACUUCUACCCCUUUCGCGAGGAGCACGUGCGCUGGUACGAGCAGGAAAAGGGCUGUAGGCUCGUCAAGGUGUGCGCCGAGCCCGGCGAUUUGAUCCUCUGGGACUCGCGGUCCAUGCACUACGCCGCGUUCCCGGAGCCGGAGAGCCAGACGAUCCGGACUAUUAUCUAUGUCUGCUAUACGCCGGCGGCGCUGGCGACGGAGGAGGAUCGCCAGAAGAAGGCGGAGCUGUUCCGGCGGUGGGAGACGACCACCCACUGGCCGCACUGCAACAUCCAUGGCCAUGGGAAGGCGAAGAUUGGCGAUGAGGUGGACCCGAACGAGCGCGAUGAGCCGCUGGAAAAGCCCGUAUUGAAUGACCGGUUGUUGAAGCUGGCUGGUGUAAAGACUUAUUGA